AUGGCAGGUUCUCACCUAAAUUCCAUAAUCCUGAUUCUUGUUUCUGUCAGCUUAGCAUCAUUUAGCGGGAACAUCAUUGCUGAGGCACGUAAACUUGCAGAGAUGCCUGAGCUUCCCAUGUUUCCAAAGCCUGAGCUUCCGGUGCUUCCUAAGCCUGAGCUUCCUGUCAUUCCUAAGCCUGAGAUUCCCGUACUUCCUAAACCUGAGCUUCCAAAGCCUGAGCUUCCGGUCGUUCCAAAGCCUGAGCUUCCCGUGUUUCCAAAGCCUGAGAUUCCCGUUCUUCCAAAGCCUGAGCUACCUGAGGUUCCAAAACCUGAUGUUCCUGUAGUUCCAAAGCCUGCUGAGGUUCCUGAGUUUCCAAAGCCCAUGUUUCCCGUCAUUCCGAAGCCCACAUUGCCAGAGUUGCCUAAGGAUUUUCCUAUCCCUUCCGUUACCCAUCCAUAA